AUGGAAAAAUGGCGCACCGAGUCCAGUCGUCGGCCUUCCGGAAGCUCAACAAGUACAUCCUGCUCCGUGAAUUCUGGUAUACGGCGGGCAAGGCAAUUCUGGGCAUUCAGCGCUCUAACCCCGGCGGCGGUAGGCCGCGUCCGCUCAUCAAUCCAGUACACCGCCGGCGGCCCACGGCCGUCAUACGUAAACCCCUCGAUGAGCAAUGUGCGAGAGUUGAGCGCAUACACAACGCCGGCGACGCCGUGGUUCGCCAAAUCCGACAGCUUCCCAAGCCUAACCUUGACGUUCCGCGGCGGGCGUGCAGCGCGAGUGCACCGAGGCUCCGCCUGCGGCACAUCGGCAAUGAGGUCCGGGUCGAUUGCGACGCCGCCAUAG